AUGGUUCAGGGAAGAGGUAUUAGUGCAACAAUGGUUGUGUUGUGCAUGUUGGGAGUUUUCUCUGAGAUGGCUCAUGCAACAACGUACGUGGUUGGAGGUCACACUGGUGGUUGGGCUUUCAACAUGACUGGUUGGCCUACUGGAAAGAAUUUUAAGGCUGGUGACAUAUUAGUAUUUAAUUAUAAUCCGCAAUAUCACAACGUCGUGACAGUGGACGAAACUGGAUACAAUUCGUGUACUGCUGCACCAGGAUCAAAAACGUAUCAGUCAGGGCAUGAUAGCAUUACUCUUGCCAAAGGAACGACCUACUUCAUCUGCACUUUUUUUGGUCACUGCGAGGCUAAGAUGAAAAUUGCAGCUACGGCUGCAUGA